CUUUCUGUAAUUUGAACACAUUUAUUUUUUAUUUUUUUAUGGUCCUGUCGCCCGUCAGGUGAUGUCGUCAUUGCUCCUACAGGGGGCACUUUUAGGCCACGGCGCCUGACACCUAUUAAACACAUCAACUUCCUCGUCCCCAGGGCAAUAAAGAGAAGCUGGAAAGUUCCAAGCCCUCGACGAGUCCGUCAGCGGCGCGCGACCGCCCGAACAGGUUCUCCCGCUGUUACAUCACGGCUGUGAUUGUACAGCGAUCCAAUCAAGGCAAAUUAAGUGCGCGCGCGGCGGACGGACGGACGUCUGACGGGCGCCUCUCUGCUCCACACUUGUUCGUCGCGGCUCCUCAGACCGGAGGGAGGGAGGGGGUGAGGGAGGGAAAGACCGCCAGGCGCACGAUCCAGCGCCGCGAGCCAUCGACGAGGAAGUGUAUCGAACCUGCGAUGUGGGGCGAGCGAGGCGGCGCGCGCGUGUAGUUCCCGCCAUACGGCAGCGUCGUGUCUCGACGCGCGCAGCGGCGACAGCGGCACGGAGAGAAUUACGGGGAUGUCAGUGGGAGGAAACCAGUGACCAUGUGCCGUGCAGGUACUGAGUCGGCGCUACCUCCGCGGUAAGGCUCGCUGAGGUACUGGAGGAGGAGGAGGAGGAGGCGCAGACAGCCCGGCAGACAGGUGCGACUCCACAGCCCGCUUCAUUCCUCACAAGUCACGCAGCCAUGGACGGCCGCAAGGAGAACCGGGAGCGAAAGCCGCCCAUGAAACCCAAGUCCGCCACGCGGAAGGAGAAGAAAUACAAAACCGGCAGGUUCGUCCGCAGGAAGUCUUUGCGGUCCUUUGGGAAUUUCAUGGGCAGGAUCCUUAAAACUUUGGGCACUUUGGCGCACUUGGGCGACGCCGAGCCGCCGGACGCGGAGGACGACGACGGCGGCUUCGGGCCGAGCGCGUCCGGCGGCUUCGCGGACGACUGCCCGCCGGCCUCCAGGGAGGGCACGGCGAAGAAGAGCUCCGCGGCGCCGUCCGCGCACGGCUCGGUGAAGGACCGGCUGUCGUGGUGCUACGGCGACAAGACGCCCGGGGUGCUGGGGCUGAAGAACCACGGCAACACCUGCUUCAUGAACGCCGUGGUCCAGUGCCUCAGCAACACCGACCUGCUGGCGGAGUACCUCGGGCUGGAGCAGUACCGGUCGGACCUGUGCCGCGGGCGGGUGAACGGGGAGGUGAGGGGGGAGCCGCCGCAGAGCGCCCGGGGGGAGGUCACGGAGCAGCUGGCGUCGCUGGUUCGAGCGCUGUGGACGCUGGAGUACACGCCGCAGCUCUCCGUCGACUUUAAGAGCAUUGUGGCCAAGUACGGCUCUCAGUUCCGGGGAAACUCCCAGCACGACGCCCUGGAGUUCCUCCUCUGGCUCCUGGACAGAGUUCACGAAGACGCCAGCGCCAGCAGCAACAAUAACAGCAACAGUAGCAGCAAGACCAAAGCCAGCGCCAAGGAGCCCAGUUCGCUGGACGACCCCUCCGGCUCCAGUUCGCCCGGCGCGCAGCAGCCUCGAGGCCGGCACAGCUUCGUCAAGGAGCACUUCCAGGCCCAGUACAGAUCGUCGCUGACCUGCCCUCAUUGCCUUAAACAGAGCAACACCUUCGACCCGUUCUUAUGCAUCUCGCUGCCGAUCCCGCUGCGACAAACCAGGCCCAUGUGUGUGACGCUGGUGUUCAGCACAAAGGGCCAGCGCUACCUGCGAGUGGGGCUGGCUGUGCCUCUGUACGGGUCUCUGUCCUGCCUGAGGUCCAUGGUGGCGGAGGAGGGCAGCAUCGCCUCGGACCAGGUCAUCCUGUCAGAGCUGUACUCCACGGGUUUCCAGCGUUCCUUCUCCGACGAAGACGACCUGACGGCGAUCGCCGACAGCGACGUCAUCUACGCCUUCCAGGCUCCGCCCCUCCACAACCGCGGAGCAGCUUCACUGCACUCAGGGUACCACCACAGCCUCCCCUCCUCCCCCUACAGCGCCGGGCCGGACGGGCCCAGGUUACCACCGUCCGGCACGCUCUCCUCCGAAUACCUGAACCAGGGCGGCUCCCCGAAGGUCCUGCUCCUCAUCUGCAACACGGCCGGAUCCGGCCAGCAGGCCGUCAGGUUCGGCCCUCCGUUCCUCAUGCGCGAGGACCGGAGCAUCUCCUGGGACCAGCUGCAGCAGAGCAUCCUCAGCAAGCUCUAUUACCUGAUGCUGAAUGGAGCCCAGGCCCAGAACGUGGGGGUGCUGUUUAAGAUCCGAGUCGUGGGGGGGUCAGCGGCGUACAGCUACCUGUCCCCACAGGACAGCAGACCCCUCUGCCACCCUGCAGUGGACAGAGCUCUGAAGUUCUGUGGCCCGGGAGGACCUGCGCACGUGAAGCUCGUCAUCGAGUGGGAGCCCAAGACGAAAGAGUGUGUGUUCGGCAGCAUCCAGGAGGAGGUGGUGAAGGACGCUGAGAGCGUGCGGAACCAGCAGCAGCAGCACCUGCAGCAGCACAACUGCACCUUGGACGAGUGCUUCCAGCUGUACACCAAAGAAGAGCAGCUCGCCCCAGACGACGCCUGGAAGUGUCCCCACUGCAAGCAGCUGCAGCAGGGCAUGGUGAAGAUGAGCCUGUGGACUCUGCCCGACAUACUCAUCCUCCACCUCAAGCGCUUCCGCCAGGUGGGCGAGCGGCGGAACAAGCUGUCCACGCUGGUGCGUUUCCCCCUGGCCGGCUUGGACAUGGCGCCGCACGUGGUGAAAAGGACGCAGAGCAUGAGGAACCUGAGCCUGGGGGCCUGGACGCCGUCGUGGAAGCAGCCCGCGGGCCAGCACCACCAGCCUGCCGACAUGGCCCUGCCCCACGACUACCAGUACGACCUGUACGCCGUGUGCAACCACCACGGAGGGAUGCACGGAGGCCAUUACACUGCGUACUGCAGGAACUCGGUGGACGGCCAGUGGUACAGCUACGACGACAGCAGCGUGGACCUGGUGCCGGAGGAGGAGGUGUGCACCAGAGGAGCCUACAUCCUCUUCUACCAGAGACGCAACGCCAUCCCUCCGUGGUCGGCCAGCAGCUCCGUCAGAGGCUCCACCAGUUCGUCCGUGUCAGACCACUGGCUGGUCCGGCUGAAUGGGGACAGCAAACGAGGCAGCUUGGUGUCCCGAUCCUCCACCACCUGCCCGUCUUCCAUACCAGACUCCCCAGAGUCUCCAGUCUUCCUCGACAAUGGUUUUAAGGAGGAAAGAGGGGGAUUUGAGAGCAGGCCUUUUAUCAGAGGUCUUCAGGGCCGCAGCGUCAGCAUGCGAGCCCCCAGCAAGUCCAAGGACUCAUUAAGCAAAAUGUUUCCUUUACGCUGGUCUUUGGGCUCGAAGGACAGACGGAAGCCUGACCCGGUGCCUCCACCGGUUCAGGAUGCUGCCCACGCGGAGCUGGUGCAAUACUUGGAGUCAGGCCGGCGGCCUCGGUGCACUAAGGAUUCCAUAGUAACAUUAAUGAAUGACCCUCGAAGCACAAAGGAGCAUGUUGAGAGAAAAGCCGCCGGACGGUCUUCCAGCGUCGGAAGUUUGAGUUGCAUAGCGAGAACUGACGAUGGGACGCAGCCAGAGUCCCCACAGUCCCCGGAGGGCCAGCAGAGGCCGCUGGACCGGGCGGCGGCUCCGAGGCGCAGCAGGACGAGGGGCGACGAUGGCGUGAAAAUCAACAGCAGCUCCAGCACGAACACCCUCACCAGGACGAAGGACGCGAGGAAGCAGAGCUCGUCCAAAGCCCCCCCGGAUGCUGAGGCGAGGAGGAGCGUGAAGCCCAGCUACAGCACGUCCACCCUUCAAGACGGCACCCUGAGAAGACAGAAGGGGGACAAGCCUGAGAGGGAGCGUGGAACAGAGGGCGCAGAUGUAGAAGGCUUCAAGUCGAAGAAAGACGAAGUGAAGAGCAACGAGCGACUCUUCUCCUUCUUGAAGGGGAACUUCCUGAAGAAGGACAAGGACUGGAAGAAGUCCAAAGACAGCGAUCCGGGGAGAGGCGGGGGUGAGGAGGGCGGCAGGAGGACGCUCUCAAGGCACUCCCUGUCCAAUGGAGCAGCGGGAGGCGUGGCCGCAGUGGAGGGCGGCAAGUCCCGCCCCCCGUCCCGUCCCGGCGACGACCUGCCGAACGGGAAGGUGGGCCGGGCCCCCGCCGACAUCCGGCGCUCCCUGAGCUCCUCCAGCAUCCCCACCAAGGCGGAGCACGGCGUCCGCAGGACGGCGUCCCUGCACCGCAGCGGCACGGCCACCGCCCCCCCGCGCAGCCUGGCCGCCGACAGGCCGGCCCUCCACAGAGCCCGCUACAGCACCACCUCCCUGGGACGCAAGAGGACGGUGCCGGAGUCGAGCUUCUGACGGCGACGCGCGGCCGCUCAGCCCACGUCGAGCAAUAGAGCUGAGCCAGCGACCGGUGAGGUCUGUUUAUGCCGGGACACGUCUCUGCGCUGGUUCCUUAAAACAAGUGCCUGAGAAACUCAAGCUGCAGUUCAGACCAAUGAGGCGUUGUCUGUUUAGCACUGGAAGCACGGGACCCUUCGGGGUCGUCAUCGCUCCAUCGCGGCUGAUUGUGCUCAUCAGUAUGAAUGUAAUGUGUCUACUUGACUCACGGGCUUCACACGUUUUUAACCUGCACUAAUACGAAGCAAGACUUGGACCCCAGCACCAGUAGGUGAGUUCCCUUCAUGUAGCACAAUGGGAUAACGAAAGUUAAUUUGUAUAAUACUAAAGCAAUAUCCAACAUUAAAGCAGAUUGUUCAUGUUUCUAUAGCACAGCUCAUACUAUACGAUGAUUUCAUCUGUUUCUGUUUGCUUGUUACACAUGAACAUUACAACAUCUGAAUGACAACUAGAACUAAACUCCAUAAAACGCAGACCAAAAUGUCAAAAAUGCAGCAUCUACGAGUUUUCACCUGUUCCCAGUUUGAGCAAUCAAUAUGAGCUCAAAUUAAAUGAAACAUUCAUCAUUUCACCAAAGCUGUAAUCUGUGUAUUUGCUGAGAGCUCGGCUGAUUAGCCUUUAAAAUCCUGAGGAAAAUUGCCCAUGAGACUCUCCUGUGUUCGUGCAGCUCGCGCUGCCUAAAAAUUGCAGACAAUCGACAUUCUGAAAGAAACGGUACCUAGAAGUGUCCUUGUAGCCUGAGGGCUCAUCUGUGGACAAAUUCAUACAGUAGCUGGUUCAGUAAAGGGUUUUGUUUGAUAACGAAUGUACCUGUAUAUUAAUGAUAAGGAUGUUAAUUGUAUUAUGUUUUAUUUAUUUGCUUAGUGGAUUUGUUUCAAAUUUAUCUACACUAUAAUAAUCGGCCAGAGCUCAUAAUUACACUAUUAUGGAAAUUUUACUGAGCAUUUGCAAAAUUAAAUAUUUUCCAUUGCUACUGAAGCUUAUGAUGACACUAUAUGAACCUUAUAUAUUAUCUCUGACCUGCGUGUGCCCUCAAUUGUACAAGUAGUGCAGCUUUGAUCAUCAUCUCGGAAAAGCUACACAGACACGAGUGUCAUUUGGUUGAAGAGUAUUUUUUGUGUAGGGCUUAAUACAGUUCUGCCGUCUGAAGUACCAGGAAACCUCAAUUCACUAAGUAAAUGGAAAUAUGAAGAAGUCAUUUAAUGAGCCUCUAAAGAUUAAAUCCAUAUUAAGGAAGCGAUCUGUGUGUGCAGAGCGUCGUGUUUAAAUACCAAUAGUACCAUUUUCUGACGUUAAGGCCAGUGACUAAUAUAUAUAUUUAAUUCACCGCUGAGGGUUUGGUUUUGUAUCAUUCAGCCCUGAGCUGUUUUAGGAAAUUUCUCCAUUUUCUCAAAAUGUCAAAGAUUUAUUAAUACACAUACAACAAAUGCAGUGUCCUUUUCUUCCCCACUUCAGUUCCAUCAUUGAUUAUCAGCCUUGCAGUUUAAGCCACUCUGCAGAGGAGGACGUAUCUAAUGUGUAAUAUGUUUUCUUUCUCACCCUAUUUUGGACCAGAAAGGUCAUGUCUACAAGUAAUUGCUCCUGCUGCGAUGGUUGCUCACAGCUUUUCUUUAUAGUGUAUAAUGUAAAGGAGAAAAACCUUUACAUUGCUCCCAUUGUUUUGCAUUUUCACACUUUAGAUUUCCCUUUUCCAUUAAUGACAAGCAUUAAAACAGCAAGUGAUCAAGAAGCUUUGCUGGGACCUUAAAAUCAGGUAAAAUAUGCUGUUGUUAUUGGUGAUGCUGAUGAAGUAGCUCGUCCUUUGAGCCGGACCGGUCAAACAGACUGAAGUCAACUCGUUUAAAUGUCAAGAGAGACUGAGGAUGGCUUUACUGUGAAUUUGCUCAUGAUUAAUUACAGGACUUGAAAACCUCACAAAUGGAAGCACAACGGCUGCUGUUCUAAAUAAACACUUGACGCAGAUUCAACAAAAGAAGGUCAAAGCAGCUGUAAUUGCAUAGUUUUAAAAUAACAUACGUUGGCUGGAGAUUGUGCAUCUAGCAGCCGAGCUCCCGACAACAAAAUGCCAUCUGAAAAUCCGUGCAGUCGUUUCCUCAGGCUCAGAUCUCAGCUGUAUUUGAAAGGGAACAAAAAAACUGACCUUGAAAAAGAACUGUCAAAUGUCGUGUGUGGCCACGCGUCUUUUUUUUUUACAUCCUCCGUCUCUUUACAUCUUUUUUUUUUAUAAAGUGAAGGAAUUUCUUUGGUGGACGAACAAUUUAAAGAGUCGGAAAGAACGAAAGAAGCAGAGAGUGUGAACGUUAAUACCGACUGUCACAUUCAUCCAUGUGUAUCCUGCACACAGUGUUUACUGCCCAACUGAGCACUUGUUUAUGAAUAUGGGUUGUUUUAUAUGCAAGUUUUCUACAGUUUAUAUUGAUAAAUCUGUAUAUAUUUGUUGAUACAAAUGAGUGGGAGACGGAGUUUUAUCCAGCUGAAGUCCUGUGCAAUGUUUCCCAUGUAACAAGUACGCUUUCACUGUAAACAGACAGUCUCUGCCUGCUUGUCUCCUUUACAUCAUGGCACAUAUUAUUUUUUAAUACAGCAAAUAAAAAGACGUUAUUUAUCA